AUGCUGACAGUUCAGGAGGAGCUCCCGGUUCUCGAAUCAUUCAUCAACAUUCGCAACCGCCUCACAGCGCUCAAAAAGGACUCCACAAAGUUCAUUCGCGCGCAGGAUGUCCUAGCCAUCUACAAGGAGAUUGUGAAGCAGUUGGGCAAGCUCACGGACAUCCGCGAGGAGCGCACUGAGGGCUCAUCAAGCAUCAACACUCCCAUACCUGGCGGCUUUGAGCCCAACCGCGUCGACACCAUCAUCGCCGAUGUCUUCUCUCUCAUCAGCCUCAUGUUCCUCACCGUGGGCAAGAGCCGCGAGAGCCCAGCAAUUUAUGGCCAGAUCGCCAGCAUGCGGCAAAUACUGACUCAUCUUGAUGAGUCGGGCAUCUACACCGAGGCAUAUCUCCAGGGUUUCAAGGACCGAAUUGAUCAGCUUCGCGACAUUAUCAAGCACGACCGUGAUGAGCAGAAGCACCCCGAGGCCGUCCUCAAGUACAUGUCCUGGAAGCUCGACGGCAAUGACGCCAUCCUUAGGAAUCUCAUGGAGUCGCUCGGUGUGCUCAACGUCGAGCUCGUCCCCAUUCACAACCGCUUAGUGGCCAUGCGGAAGCAGCUCAUCGCCCUUGCCAGUCAGCCAAAGGUUCCCAAAACCGAGUUGAAGCCCAUUGUGGAGGAGCUCCGUAAAAUUGACUCGAAGCGUGUCGACGGCAAGUUCCUCGGCCCUGGCGGCUCGUCCGUGCCCGAAGGACAGGCACUUCUCGGAGGCAUGAUUGACUCGUGCUUUGAGAUCGUGCAGGACAUUAAGGCGCGUGAGGCGCAGGACGAAGUCAGCCCGCCACUGCGGCCCAUCUACGAGCGACUCUCCCAACUGGUGCAGCAACUCGAGCAGCUGACUCUCACUCACCGUUGGACGCUGCGCGAAACGGAUCUGUAUAACUACCUGCUGCAACUGCGCGAAAUUGACUCCAAGCGUGUCGACGGCAAGUUUGUCAAUGCCGCAGGAGAGAAGGCUGAGGGCCAAUACGUUCUUCUUUACCUCCUGCGCAGGUGUUACGGCCUCAUCUAUCGCCUGAUGGCCGAAUCUGAACCCAUCUCGGAGGAGCUGAUGCCGGUGGCCAACAAGCUAUCAACCAUCAAGAAGUGCCUCAACGAGGUGCUGAAGUACGGCGGCCCGUACAGCCCGCGAGACCUUUACCCCUAUCACAUGGCGUUGCAUCAGAUCGAUACGCUCCGCAAGGACGGCAAGUUCCUCGCCGACGACGGCAGUGUUCCAGAGGGUCAGGCGAUCCUCAACGCGCAGCUGUCCGAGGCGCACGAGCUUCUCGAAAUGCUCAAGGAGAGCAUGUCUGACGAUGACGACGACAGCGACGAGUAG